AUGGAAAAGCCUUCAGAAGAUAAAUACGCCAUUCAUCAGGCUUGUCGAGAUGGUAGAACUGCUAUCGUAGAGUCCCUUCUCAAUGCCAACCCAAAACUCGCUUUUUUGAAAGAUGAGGACGAAAGAUUGCCUAUUCAUUGGGCAGUUUCUUAUGGACACUUGGACAUUGUCAUAUUGCUUUCCAAUGUGAAGAAUUUUGAUCCCGAUGUACAGGAUGGAUCUGGAUGGACACCUCUUAUGAUCGCUGUCAGCCUUAAAGAAGGUGAUGAUAUUGUGAACUUGUUAUUGAAGAAAGAGGCUGAAACCGCUCUCCACUUCGCUACCUCCAAAAACAACCUCCCAGUAGCCAAACUUCUACUAUCGCAAACUCCGCCUGCAUCCUGUCGAGUUAAGGACAAGCGUGGACAGUAUGCAAUUCAUCGUGCGGCAGCUAUUGGAUCCACCCCAUUAGUUGAGUUAUUGUUGAAGAAUAAAAGUCCAUUAAAUUCUACGGAUGUCGCAGGACAAACACCACUUCACCAUGCUGUUGCUGAAGGUCACGGUGACACUGCAGUGGCUCUUUUGAAGGCCGGUGCGGAAACAGACAAGAAGGAUGUAGAUGGUUGUCUUGCGUUGGACCUUGCCCCUGACAGUCAGCUCGGAACCGAUAGACUGUGCCCCACUCUUGCAGAUCAAGCUUUUAAGUCCCCUAUUAAUCCGCUCACUCAUUGGUUGCAUAUCGCCACUGUAUCCCUGACUGAUCAGAUUGAUAAGAUAAAAAUUAUUCUUGCUCCGCUAUUGCCCCUAUUGGUUAGCGCUAGUGCAGUACCUGAUCAAUCACCACUGUUACUUCAAACAUCCAAUGGUCCUAGUAUAGAACAUGCCCGCGCAAAUGCACCUGAGAUUUUUAACACAAUUCAUUCGUCAAUGCGACAAUGGGGAUCUUCUCUAAAACAUAAUGGAAUGUCCUUUUUCCCAGCAACAGUACCAGAAGGGACUCUCUUCUACCAUGGAACCCACACACCCGAGCAGGUUGAGGGGAUGGAAUGGUUAGCUUUCGAAAUCGAGCAUGCGGAAGUAUUUGCACGUCCAAGAAGAGGUCGUGGUCCUGGAGGUCCUGGAGGUCCUGGAAAUCAUGGUCCAGGUAAAGGGAAAGGUCCUGGUGGGAAACCUCCUGGGGGACCGGGAAGAGGUCCUCCUCCGCAUGCACUAAUGGACAGUCAUCCCAGACCCAAAUCCAAGCAUGAGGAUGAUGUCCAUGACUCAGAAGACAAAGAAGAAGAUAGCCAUGGCUAUCUCCACACCUACCGUACCUCCAAGCCCCUCACUAAACUCAUCUACAUCGACGGAAUGUCCGCCGGAAAAACCAGCAUGGGAACCCUUGAUUCUACAGAUUACAUUAUUCGCAAUCUUUCUGCCACAUCAACAGAGCCAAACAAUGAUUGGAUCCGUGCAGCUGAUCUUUGUAAGAUUGGCGAGGAAUAUGGCAUCGAAGGGUUUCUUCGCAUGGAAGCUGGAUUUGAAAUUAUUCUCUGUAGUUUCAAAGAUGGGCUUGAGUUUAUAGGUGCCUCUCAGAGAGACGACAAAUCUGGUGGGUUUGGGAAUGGAGAAGAUGAUGUGGGACAUUUUGAAUAUGUGAGGGCCCUGGAGUAUAGGUAUCAGGGUAUCAUGGGGGGAAGAGUAGAAGUCGAUUAUUCUUCUAUGAUUUCUGCCUUCUUUUAUCCUCUCAACAUUACUAACCCCGAUCCUUCUCGUUCUGAACUUCCUAGAUUAGUCGAACCUUCCGAAUCAGGUGAUUUGAAGAGAAUCCGCUCUGAUGUUCUAGAUUUGUUCAAAUCUGGAGAAUACGAGAAGAGAGAAACGAUCAACUGGCAAAAUGUCGUGGAUAUGAUUGUUACGAGGUAUUCUGAUCGUCUCAAGUUUAUGGUUCAAAAUGAGACGUCAGAAGCGGCGUUGUUAUCGGAAAUCAAAGUGCUGUUGGAUGCGCAUACAGAUUAUAAGAAGAUUGAUAUUCCUUCCUCAAUUGAGAAAUGCGCGAAUCACUAUCUAAGGCCGGUGACACCGAAAACUGAGGCAGAUCAUUUCAUUCAUGCUGCUAUUCUCAAGGUGUCUGGUGAUAUUUGCAGUACUUUGUUUAAAGUCAGAGAGUUAAUAGGCAGUGAUGGAAAGGGUGCCAAAGAGGAGGAAGGAAAACAAUUGAUCAGAGAAUUGAUCAAUGAAUUAGAUUGGACUACUUGGCUGGAAUGUGGAAAGUGUGGUUAUGAUGAGGUAUGUUUCGUGGCAAUCUGGCCCUGGGGAGGUUUGGAAGAUCACGUUUCUCCUGGGUGUAUUAAGAGGGGUGAUAUGGGUGAUAGAAGGGGAUACUGGGAUUGGGGACAUUAG